UGAUAUAAAGUCUGGCACGAGCAGAAACACGGCGAGUUUAUCCUUUCCUUUUAGGAAAUACGUUCAGUACCUUGCUAAAUAGCCGCACUUACAAUAGGAUAUGAUUGUAGAUAGAACAACUUCACUGCGCUCUUGACAAAAUAUUAAUAACAUCAAAAACCUAAUCAGACCACCUAAAGGUGUUCGAGAGGAUUUAAACAAUAUUGUUUUAUUUCUAUCUACUGGAAUAUCUUUAAAAUUUAUCCAGAUAAGAUUUGUUCGCCGACCCAUUACCGAUAUAUAGACGCUUUGUACCAGAAAAGGCCCAUUGAAUAUAUAACCUACAGCAAUACUCAAUAUGAUGAAUAUUCUACGGAAUAUGUGAGUGGAUAUUGGAUAAUUUGAUUGAACAUUUUAUUUGAAAGCCAGAAAAGAGAGGAAUAAGGUCUAACAGAGUGGGCCGUUAAAUGCACGGAUUUCUACAUAGGUUCUAGCUAGCCUACCACUACUACUUCCCCUGUGUAAUAAAUAUUGAUCGCUGUUGGACUGAACAAUAGUCGACAAGAGUAUAUCGUUAUCUACACACCUGGCUACGUAUAAGCUCAGAUUUGUUCAGUUACUGAAAGUAAUAGUAGCCAGUUAUACAAGUGGUUACGGAUGUAAAUCAGAGAUGAGCUUUCGAUGAUAUCCAUUUGUUUAUUGUUUUUCCUGGAUUGAAGUAGGAAUUCUAAAACCAUUAAAAUGCAGAAUGAGGAUUCGUUCAACUAUUCAUCUUUUGACAACACGACAUAUGAUGAUUGUGACGGUGACAACUUUUCAAAUUUUCUUGCUAAUAAUACUUCAGGACAGUUUUCUUCUUUCCAAACCAUUCCUAUGGUACUUGCGUUGUGCUACAUUAUCAUAUUAUUUGUGGGAUGGAUAGGGAACGGCCUUGUUAUCUAUGUCGUUGCCCGCUUUGCAAAGAUGAAGACAGUGACGAACAUGUAUAUAUUAAAUCUAGCUAUAUCGGAUGUAUUGUUUAUUGUAAGUCUACCUUUCCUUACCACCACGACCCUCCUUGGACACUGGGUCUUUGACUUUGCUAUGUGUAAAAUAUAUUUUGUGCUUUAUUCUAUCAAUGUUUUUACGAGUGUCUUUACGCUCACGGUUAUGAGCGCCGAUAGAUACUUGGCUGUUUGUCACCCGGUGAGGUCUGUAAAAUAUCGCACACCAAGAAUAGCUUUAUUUGUGUGCCUUUGUAUUUGGACCGUUUCCUUCCUCGUCAUGUUACCUAUCAUUUUGUAUUCAACAACAAUUCCACAUCGAAAAGAUUCACAAAAGCAUACCUGCACCAUAUCGUGGCCCGAUGAUCAACCAAUACCGGCCGAUAAAGCUUUCAUCUGGUACACUUUCCUCUUGGGAUUCGCCAUUCCCGUUUCCUUAAUAUCCGUGUUUUACUUUCUGGUUGUUCUGCGAUUACGAAGUGUCGGCCCAAUUAAAAAAUCUAAGGAGAAAAAGAAGUCCCACAGAAGAGUUACAAGAAUGGUUCUAUCUGUUAUAUCCGUGUACGUUUUCUGUUGGUUACCAUACUGGAUUUUCCAGGUUAACAUCACAUUUAAAAAUGGAGAAACGGUCCAAAAUUGGAUGAUCAGUUUGUUCAACGCGUUUACUGUUUUAACAUAUGCAAACAGCAUGUUUAAUCCCUUUCUCUAUGCAUUUCUCAGUGAUAAUUUUAGAAAAAGUUUUAUGAAAGCCUUUAAAUGUGUGUCACCACAUGACGCAAACAAAUCCUUGUGUGGUGAAAAUAGUAUGUUCCCGCGAACGAGCCAAAGUUACGCUCGUUCAAUUGCUCUUACGACUACCACCGUAGAAGAUAAGUCUGAGAUGUCGACAUUCGAAUCGGUUCAAAAUAACUCAGCAGACGCAAUACCGAUGCUUCCCAAGGAGAAUCAUGUGGCUCAGUCGUUCCAGGACGAACACGGUUAUUUGAAACCCGUGGCUCUAUAAACAGUGUCAGAGAGAACAAAUCUUUAUUGAACAACAGUUGUGUUCGCUUUACAGUGAAAAUAAAUUUCCACAGUUACUUGUUUCAGUGGAUUGUUAACUUUGAAAUUUGGUGUGAUCACAGAUUCUUAAAGAUUGAACUUGCGGUGUAAAUAGAUACAUUGUUGAUAUGUGACUAUUGUUAUGAGUUGAUUGUUAAUGUUGUGAAAUAUGCUGUUUUAGGAGUCCCAGUGCGUCCAAAACAUUUAAAUGCAACAAUUAGUAAGCUGUACUUGUUGGAAGUAUCUUCUUAGUUGCUUUACCUUUGUUGAUAUACAUUUGCUUUUUAAUAUUUAAUGUUUCUGUUUGAAUUCUGUUACAAUGUAUAUUUUGGUAUUAUAUAAAUGUUGUACAGGAAUAUCUAUUUGAUUGAUUGUUAUGCUAUUAAUUUUAUCAUACUUUAAAUAUCUCUUUUAACAAUUGUAUAAAGUAGAUUUGUCCAAUAAUCACUAUCGCCGUCUGUUUUGAAUUUAGAAUAACUAAGCAAAUGUGGCUAAAUUCCAGUUAGAUUAAGAAUAUACCGGUCUGACACGCACCCUUUCAGCCCGAGUAGUGUUAAAGGGUAUGGUACAUAGAAAUGGUAUUUCCGAAACGACAAAGCGACAUAAUAGCAAUCGCUGCUAUGACAAAUUUCCUUCAGGGGAAUAUCCAGAAUAUAUUUUGUUUGAGAAUGUCGUAUGGGAUGGAGUUCAAUCACUACAUUAUUUCGGCCAUAUGGAGACUAACAUGUUAAUGUACUUUUCUUCUAUUUUGGAUUUUUUUCCGGUAACCCAAGGGCUGUUCACACACGUGUUCAAUGAAAUCUAAACACCACUGAUGAUUUGUAAAGAGAUCAGAGUAGGGUGGGGAAUUUUUAUCAUAAAGUCUGCCACCGAUUCACAUGUAGUUGUUUCGUCGUAAUAAAAGUAGUCGCCUGUCUAAUUUUGUGGAUUUUCCCCGGCUUUUCCAGUUUUCUCCACUGCUAAAGUCCCCUA